CUCCCUCUCUCUCUCUCUCUCUCUCUCUCUCAAACCUCUGUUUUCUUUCUCUCUCCGAAACCUUCCAUGUUCCAUUUUUAUAUAUUUGGUUAACGCAAUCGAAUCGAUACAUACAGAGCUUCCUUAUACUAUUAUUUUAUCUCUUUCGCUAUGUGAAGUCUACAUGCAAAUGUUGAAAAGACAGAGUUGAUUCGAAUUCGAUUCAUAUUCAUUGUUGAAAAAUCAUUGGAACAGAGAGUUGAAAGAAAAAUGAAGAACGAAGAGAAAGCUCGGUCUCUGUUUGGAAUCUCACUCUCUGACAGACCCAUUUGGCAUCAAUUCCUCAUUUGCUCUUCUGGGUUUUUCUUCGGUUACCUUGUCAAUGGCGUCUGCGAGGAAUAUGUGUACAAUAGGCUUCAAUUCAGCUAUGGUUGGUACUUUACAUUUGUUCAAGGGUGGGUUUAUCUUUUGCUGAUUUACUUACAAGGCUUCAACACCAAACAAAUGGUGAACCCGUGGAAGACGUAUGUGAAGCUCUCUGUGGUGCUUAUGGGUUCAAACGGACUUACCAAAGGUUCAUUGGCUUUUCUUAACUACCCGGCACAACUUAUGUUUAAAUCCACCAAGGUGCUUCCCGUGAUGAUAAUGGGAGCCUUCAUACCUGGUUUAAGACGGAAAUACCCACCUCAUGAAUAUAUAUCUGCCGUACUUUUAGUAGUCGGUUUGAUCCUUUUCACUUUGGCGGAUGCACAAACUUCGCCAAACUUUAGCGUGAUCGGUGUUUUAAUGGUGUCUGGUGCUCUAGUAAUGGAUGCCUUUUUGGGCAAUCUUCAAGAAGCAAUCUUUACCAUGAAUCCUGAAACAACACAGACGGAGAUGCUCUUUUGCUCAACUGUAGUUGGAAUGCCGUUUUUGAUUCCACCUAUGCUCGUGACUGGAGAGUUAUUCAAAGCAUGGAGCUCGUGUUCUCAGCAUCCUUAUGUAUAUGCCGUGUUGAUCUUUGAAGCAAUGGCUACAUUUGUUGGCCAAGUCUCUGUCCUUUCCCUCAUUGCCAUUUUUGGCGCUGCCACAACCGCAAUGGUGACAACGGCGAGAAAGGCAGUAACAUUAUUGCUCUCGUACUUGAUAUUUACAAAGCCAUUAACCGAACAGCACGGGACUGGACUGCUGCUAAUAUCCAUGGGGAUCUUAUUGAAGCUUUUGCCUGAUAACAAACCCCAUAAAAGAUCGUCAACCUCAUCUUCCAUGGCCAAGAUUGAGAAGUCUGAUUAUAGUGAAGAGAAUAAAACUCGAGUUGAAAAUGAAAAUGAAGAAGAAGAGAAGAGGCCCUUGGUCUGAAAAUAGGAGAUUCAUCACUAUUUUUUUUUUUUGGAGGGUGAUUUACUGGCCUUGAAAGGUGUUACAAAGUAUAGAAAUAAGAAGCUUGCAGUUUUUUUUAUUCUUCCCUUUCUUUUUAGGCAUAGGCUUUGUAGAGUUUGUACCAUGGGCAGAUGUGGAAGAAAAUGAUUGUACAAGCUGGUUUAUAUUGGGAGCCACUAAAUGCACCUAAAAAAAUAUUGUUGGACACCUACAGUCCUUUGGAUA